CUUAUAUAUCUCAGCUGGCUGGGCUCGUUUACCCACUCCCUCUGGGCCUGGGGUCACACGCGUGCGUGCAUUCAGCAGCAGCCUAGCAUGUCGCCCUCAAUCCACGGCCUGACGUGUCGAAAGGCGCAACCAUUCACGUGUUUGUACUUGCGUUAUCCAUUCAAUGCCUCACGUCAUCCGGUUUCACAUGCAUGUGCGCGCAGGCUUCAGCAGCAGGGGGCGCGGCAGCCGGGCCCUCGGCUCCACCGGCGCCCCCUGCUCAGCUGCUGGAGGCGGGCCAGGUGGAGCCACGACGGCAGCAGCUGCAACAGCCGCAGCAGCAGCAGCGGGCCGGCAUGGCCGCGGCAGCUGCUGUGGGCACAGUGCCGGGUGUGGCUGCGGAGGGCACGGGUUCGGCGGGCACGGCAGCGGAGGAGAACGCGGCGGGUGCCUCGAUGCAAAUGGCUGCCGCCAUGGCGCGGCUACCCCUGCUGGCCCUGGCCCGCAGGCCCGCUUCCCCCCUCCCCUUUCCCUCCGCCACCGCCGCUAGUGAAGCGGCCACCGGACCAGAAGGCGGCAGUAGCUGAGGACCAGGAGGCGGGGACUGCUGCGGAGAUUGUAUGUGGCGGGCGCGGCGGCGGCGUCAGCGGCAAGCCACAAGUAAGCGCCCGCGCGCCCGCACCUUCACUAGCGGCGGUGGCGGAGGGAAAGGGGAGGGGGGAAGCGGGCCUGCGGGGCAGGGCCAGCAGGGGUAGCUGCGCCAUGGCCGCAGCCAUUUGCAUCGCAAGAGCGGCUGUAGCAACAGCAAGGCGCAGCUAGCAGGCAUGGCUAUUGCUCACACGAGG